AUGGAGAUCUCAAGACGAAGGAAAAAUGGCGCUACAUUGGAGGAUCUGCGAGAAAACUGUAUUUCAUCCGUCCUUUCCUUCACAACUGCGAAGGAUGUGUGCAGGCUGGCCGCUGUCUGUCGGUGUUGGGGAUCUGCUGCGGAUGCAGAUUUAGUUUGGGAGAAGAUGAUCAUUCAACGCUUUGGCGAAAAGAUUUCCAAGGGCUUCUCUUCUCUUUCUUUUCCUUUCAAGAAACACCUCUACAUCUGUCUUGUCAAAGAUAAUGAGACCAAGACUAUUUGGUUGGACGAAUUUACUGGGAAGAUUGGGUGUAUGACACCUCCAAGAGAUUUAUGCAUACAUUGGGCUGAUUACUAUUCAUAUUUCAAAUGGGAGAGGCGGAAUGAUUCAAGUGCUUCCAUUAAUUUUCACUGUUGGCCUUUCACAUCUGUGGUUUGUGGAAGGGCUAUGUCGUUUCUCUGGCUGAGGCGAUGUCUUGAGUUUGCAAUUCUGUUGGCAUUUUGUGACCUAAACCGUGGUAAGAUUGUUCGUGGUCUUCCGUCAUGGGGGGAGGGGCAAUUUUUUUAA